AUGAACCCAAGUCGUCUCACUUCGCGUGAGAACAAACUCCCCGCCUGCACCGCGUCUGUUUGGGCUGGACUCGACAAAGGCGGUGGAGUGCGCUUAGGCUCCCAUACGUUCGCUAUUUACUCUUGCGCUCCUCUCCCACCCAGCUUGCAACAACUCCAAGACGAUGCCACCACAUACACCCAGUUGACAACCUGCGCGACGCGGGUUUGCGAGACCUUGCCAGUACUGUUGAAUUUGGAGCCGUGUACUUUAGCUCAGCUGGCCUCGCUCCCCGUCUCUACCUCCCCGUCCAUCGGCACCAUCCCGACUGUUCCAUGGUUCUUGCUCCAUGCGUCGAUGUUUGAGAGACACUGUGUGAUUGGGCGUGGAUCGGCCGUGGAGUCGUUGUUGAUCAUUCUGCAACGCCCGUGGUGUGUCCUCGAGGCUUGUUGCAGCAACACUGAAACGAUCAAAGCCUUGAGAGAUUUCGCGCUGACAGCGGCACAAGUCGACUCGGGCAGAUACGAUACAGCUGUCCGACUGCUCUCUCAUGAGGCGGGGGCCCGAGGUCCGCCAGGAAAGGACGUUGUUCUACGAACCAAGCAUGUCUGCCUGCCGCCUUCUUCUCUGGCCGCCGUCCGAUCGAUCUAUGUGGCCUCCACCCUAAACGCCGUUACAUCGUACAAUCGCUUUUGGCUGUCGCUCAUCUGCACCUGCGCCGUCUAUCUGAAGAUCCCUUUUUCCGAGCUAGUACGGCAGGUGCGGGACGAUCUGUGCGGUCAGCCUGCAGGCAAUGCCUUGAAUCAUCGGAUUUCCCUCUAUAGCAUGUUGGUCAGGCAAAUUGGUAAUCAGGUCAUGUGA